AUGGCCACUCUGCCACAAGGUGCUUGGAGGAGGAGCUCUGGCAGACAAUGGCGAAGUGGCAGACAAUGGCGAACAUGCCAUCCUACCAUCGACCCCGUUCGUGCUGUUGCUAGCCGUGCCUUGUCGCAUACUCGUCGAGUCUUGGACUUGUCCCUUCAACGAUCCCUUUGGCCGGCUCGAGACGGAUUGGCGACGCCUUGCUUCGACACCACUGCCGUUCGCUGCGCCGGCGGCAGGAGGGAGCAGAGUCCAGAUCCGAACAAGGCAAAGCUCGGCAAAACUCUGAGGAUUCUCCAAGAACGCAUGCCGACGCUGCUGCAAUCCCCGUUGCCGCAGCAGAUUCUCGCGCCCAACAUCUCCCUCAACCUAUUUCCCACCACCCAUCCCCACCUCCCCACCGUCUCCGGCCGUGUCGCCUACACGGCUGCCCUGUGGACGUCGCCUAUUGCUUGGAACCGCGUCCCCAUCAUCGGCAACGUCCGGCUCGAGAUCCUCGCCGAGCGCAUGACCUCGGAGCCCCUCACAUUCUUACCCCGACGAGCCGGCGCCAUGCCCGAGCAGCUCGUCGUCCGCUGGUGCGAGAAGAGGAAACCGAUGGGAGGUCCGCCCGAACCCGGAGGGAUCGCGAGGGCGCUGUGGCGGGGCGGGGGCGUCGACGCCAACAAGGCCUUUACGGGCCUCUUCAUAUUCGACUUUGACGCCGACGGCCGCAUCCUGACCCAUACCAUCGAAAAGGCCCAGGAAGGCGGCGACUGGGAGAGAGGCGUGGGCGCCAAGUUUGUCGGCCUGACCGACUGGCUCCUGGGUGGCAUGAAAGACCCUAAUGAUACCCCGAUUCCGAUGUUUCAAAAUCUCCGACAACGACGAUGCAGGUGA